AUGGAGUCCCAGUACAAGGAGGAGGCCAAGCCGUUCGCCUACGACUACGCUGUUCACGACCACUUCACCAGCACCAACUUCGCCAAGAAGGAGGGAAGACCCGCUCCGUCCCCCUACCACCCUGCCCCGUCCUACAAGCCGGUCUCUAGCCACCCGGAGCCCCAGUACAAGGAGGAGAUCAAGCCGUUCGCUUACGAGUACGCCGUCAACGACGACUACACCGGCACCAACUUCGCCAAGAGGGAGGAGAGCGAUGGCCACAACACCCAGGGAUAUUACUCGGUGGCUCUGCCCGACGGCCGUAUCCAGCACGUCAACUACGUCGUCGACAACUACGGCGACUACAGCGCUGAGGUCACCUACGAGGGAGAGGCCCAUUACCCCCGAAUACCACCCUGCGUCGGCACUCACCCUAUCUGA